AUGAGCGCAGAGGAUGCAGAAAGCUCGCCUGACCUGCCAGCCGCGCCAUCGCCCGCUUUUGCAGCUCACCUCGACCGCUUCCGCCUCGUCUCCCCCACUUCUCGACACCCGACUCCUCCAGCACCUGUCGACUGCACGCAGGACCCAAAGCAGGAGGCAGCGAAAUACACCCCGCGCAAAGCACCCGCCCGCUCACGCCGGCAGUCGACCGGAACUCCUCCUCGUCCGGAUGGAACGAGCACGCACUUCAAGCGGGGGAGCGAAGAUGUCGAUGCGGCGUCGGUAGACGGUCCUUCGCCGCGCAAGAAGAAGAAGAAGUCGGCGAGGCCAUACGCGGACCCCUCGCAGUACGCGGAUCUGGGCGACAAUCCUCUACCGGAUUAUCUGAAGGACGGACUGGAUCUCUUGCUUUGCGGCAUCAACCCGGGCGUCAAGAGUGCACAGUCUGGCUUUCAUUAUGCGAACCCGACGAACCACUUCUGGAGCUGCCUCAGCGAGUCCGGCCUGACCGACCGUCGCCUGCACCCGUCAGAAGGUCCGCUGCUUCCGAACUACGGCAUCGGCUCGACGAAUUUGGUGCAGAGGCCAUCGGCGGAGAUGAGCGAGAUCUCCAAUGACGAGAUGAAGGAGCGCGUACCGUUCUUGCUGCAAAAGGUCGUACGGUGCAAGCCGAGAAUCCUUGCUUUCGUCGGCAUGAAGAUCUGCGAAGUCGUCAUGCGCUACCUGCACAACCUUCCCAAGCCUGAAGUAUCGGUUUCGACCUCGUCUCCAUCCUCCAGUCCCAGCAAAAGCCGGCGCAAGGCUAUGCCGAAGGUCAAAAUCGGCUUACAGGCUGCGACGAUUUCUUAUUCGCCCGACAUCAAGCCAGAAGACCAAGGAACGGACGAGGCGCGGCAGAAGACGUUCAUCUGGUGUCUUCCGUCGACGUCUGCUCGGGUCGUCGAGUAUCAGCUCGUCGACAAGAUCAAGAUCUGGAAACUGCUGAAGGCGGACCUGGACCAGCUCAAGGGUUCCUCGUCACCCUCCCUCGACUGGCCCGAUGGCACUGUCGACUAUCCAGCCGAGUCGCUCUUUCCAGCCAGCAGCGGAACGCUGAAUGCGGGUCCGACGGGCGGAGGCGCGUUCAGAGUGACGCUCGUUAAGAUUGAGGACAUCAAGCCGAGUCUUGCGGAUGAAGUGAUGGUUGUCGCGGACGACUGCCAGGUGGCAAGUGCGAGGGCGGUACAGGAUGAGUAG